UAGGUGGCGGCAAAAGGAUUCGAUGAAGUAACCAGUAAUUUCCUCAUCGAACAUCGAAUUGUUGUUUCUUUGAUUAAAAUAAAGCACUGGUUUGUUGUACCUAGAAAAAUCAUGUCUUCAAAGUCUUCACAAUCUCAGACUGCAGAUACAAGAUCUGAAUUGUCAGAACUUGUUAAAAGGAGGACGGAAAUUGCAGAAACACUUGCCAAUUUGGAACGCCAAAUUUAUGCAUUUGAGGGAAGUUACUUGGAAGAUACUGCACUCUAUGGAAAUAUCAUCCGUGGAUGGGAUCGCUACCUUACUAACAAGAACACAAACAGCAAAACAGAUAAAAGGAACAGAAAAUUCAAGGAAGCAGAUCGUUUGUUUUCCAAAUCGUCUAUAACAUCACACCUGGCAUGCAGUGGUUUGUCAGAUCAAUCAUCAAUUGAUAAACGUGAAGCUCGAGAGUCUGUUAGUGCUUUGGCUGAUGUGUCACAAGCGAAGUUUGAGAUGACGGACCCUGAUAUGCUUGAUGGAGAUACCAUAGCACAUAGCAAUAAUACAAGUGAACACAGGGAUAGUAGUCAUAGUAGCAGUAAGAAGAGCAGUUCACACAAGAAAAGGAAAAACAAGAACAAACACAGAUUAGAAGUGAAACUAAAGAAAGGCAGACAUAGUGAUGACUAUUGAGUAUGCAGUGGAGUAUUCAUCGUUGAAUUGUACCAGGAACAUGGACUGAAUAUGUGCGUGUAUGUUUUUGUGACUGUCGUUUUGUGGGACCUUAGCCAAAAGGUACAUUAAGAUCAUAAGAUUCAGGAUGGAGAACUAAUGAGAGGAUUGAGUCUUGAUGAUACAUAUUCUGCUAACUGCUGAGGAAACAUUUAAUAAUAAGUCAAGCACAACUAAUUCUGAUUUGUAUCUAAAUAAAGCUUGGUUUCCAUACAAUUGUUACCAUAUCACUGACACCUUUCGAUGAUGCUGAUUGAUUGGUCGCUGUAGCGAUAGUGUAGCGAUUUUAAGGAAACUUGGCUUCACAAUUAUAGAGGUUAGCAAGGAGAUUAAUGAUAAUUAUAUACAGUACUGUACACUACAUGCAUUUUUACUAGUUGGCAGGUUGCUACCCAUUACAAUUGUGCGAUUUUUAUAUGCUUACUACUACUGUAGUAGUAAGAUGUAUAGGAACACAGUGUACAAGGUACCCAAAUAAUAGAAUAAGCAGAGAUCUAACAAUUAUUUAAUUUUAUUCAAUUUCUUUAUUAAAUGCUUAAAUUCAUGUAAAUAAUACAACUAUUCAUUAUUUUCAUUUGCAUCCAUAUAUAAAGUAUUUGGUGCAAUGGAAAGAUACAAAUUCGUUUGGUUUUGUACUGUAUAUUAUUGGUUAUUUGACAUCAUUAUUUUAGUGUCUGUUUUCUAAUAAUAAAUAUUUGUAUCUUUAA